GUCUCUUUUUCUCCCCUGCAGCCGAAAAUGAACCCAGCCAUCACCAACGCCCCCACCUUUGAAAUUGAAAAUUUCCCAGAUCUGCUGUCUUCUUCCUCCUUUGCCACCGGUUGCUGCUGGUGGUCCCUGUGGAAGCCCGCCAAUUUUUCCACCAGCUCUUCCCCAUACCUACCAGCUCCAGCCUUGCUUGCUGAGAAUUUCUGGUAGGUUGGCUUCUCUAAUUUUCGACAAUUGGUUGAUUAAUUGCUGCCUUGUUGAGUUUAAUUGGUUGUAUGGGUGCCCUUAUGUUGUCCGAAAAUUCUGUUGAAAUAGUGAGAAUUUCGGCAACUUGAGAAUGGGUUUUGGUUGAUGGUUUAUGUAGGAAAAUUGGUGGGUGGGACUGUUGUGGUGAUGUCCGAAAGAAAAAGGGAAAAAUGGAAAUAAAAGCCUUGUUCCCCA